UCGACUUCGAUGUCACUAGCCACUGAAUCCCAUUUCCUUGCUACGAUACGUACUAUCGACCCACAUAUCGAUAAUUCAGUCGUAGAAAACAUGGCUGCCAAUCUUCAAACCCGAUAUUCAGAACCACAACGCGCUUACCACACCAUCGAACAUGUUAGCUUUAUGUUGAGCGCACUCAAAACCGAGUCGACUCCUCCACGCGGGAUCAUCGAGCUUGCAAUUUGGUUUCACGACUGUGUGUACAGUCCCAUCAAAGGAAGUCCUUGGAAUGAGCACGAAAGUAUCCACGUUUGGGAGGAAUUCGUAGCUGAAACCAAAUCCGAUGAAAUGAUCAAGCUUAGAGCGGCUGUUACCUCCCUCAUCGAAGCAACAAUAGACCACGCUAUUCCCUCCUCAUUACCGUCUCCGCUCGAAACUGCAGACGUUGCUCUAUUACUUGACUUGGACAUGAGCAUCCUGGGACAACCUCCCAGUGAUUAUGACCGAUACGCACAAGGAGUUAGAACUGAGUAUGCGCAUUAUCCUGACGAAGAAUAUCGUGUGGGACGAACCAAGGUCCUUCAGACAUUUCUUGCGCGUGGAAAAAUCUUCAUUGGGGACGGGAAGGAGGAGCUGGAAACAAGAGCCAGGAUGAAUAUUCAGAGUGAGAUCAACAGACUGAAAGUAUAA